AUGUCCACAGCAGAGGAACAGCACCAACACCACAUCAUCGGUGGACACAAGGCCACACUGAAUAACCCAAGCUCCGGCGAAGAGGCUAAAGAGCGGUCUCGCCAGUACCUCAAAGAAGCUGGGAUCGAGGUCAGCGAAGUCGACGGCAAAGCUUCCUUCAGCGAGCACAAGGUGCCCAAGCACGAGGGACACCACGACACCCGCGGCCACGUCCACCCUGACGAGAAGGAAGGGGAUGAAGCGCACCGUCACCGCGUCCUCGGCGGGUACAAGGCGACUCUUUCGAACGACUCGACGUCCGAGGAGGCAAAGCAGCACGCCAGGGAGAAGCUUAGGGAGGCCGGAGAGGACUACUAG